AUGUCUUAUACCCAAACAGAGCAGCUAAAGCUUUCGCAGCAACUUGUGCUUGAAUGCGACCUGCUGGAUCAGAGAUUUGCUGCUCUUAAGAAGUCACUCGUCAAGCCUGAGAACAAGCAGAAGGUAAUUGAGUCAUAUGAACGUCUGGUCAAGAUUCUAGGCAAGGAGGUCGAUCACAUUGACAAGCAUGGAGCUGCUCUGGUCCCAGAAAUUGACUUCGACGAUGUUCGAAAGAACGAUGGCAAUCUUCCUGAUGACUUCAUGAAGCUGGUCCAUGAACGGGGCUGUCUGAUCCUUCGAAACGUCGUCAGUGAAGAGCAAGCAGUCAGUUGGGAGACAGCUCUGAAGGACUAUACCAAGCGUCAUCCAGGCGUAGGCGGUCAUCCCCACCAUAAACCAGCAGCCUGGAACGUCUUCUGGACCAAAGCACAGAUGGAGAUGCGAACCCACCCAAGAGUCUUGGAAGCCAUGAAAUGCGUCUCCAGAUUAUGGCACGUAUCUGAUCCAACGAUCCCCAUUGAUCUCGACAGUCAGGUCAUCUACCCUGAUCGGAUCCGUAUCCGAUAUCCUAGCAAUGAUCCAGGACAAUUUCCCUUGGAUCCGCACAUGGACAGCGGGGCGAUUGAAAGAUGGGAAGAUGAGGAGAACCGAAAGAACUACGCCGCUAUCUUUGAAGGCAACUGGCAAGACUGGGACGCGUGGUCUGCGGAUCAUCGUGUCAAAGCCCAAAGUGAUCUCUAUCACACCGGAACAGCUUGCUCAGUAUGGAGAAGUCUUCAAGGAUGGCUGUCCCUUUCGAACACACAGACUGGCGAGGGAACACUGCGAGUACUGCCCAGUCUCAAGCUCUCUAUGGCAUACAUCAUGCUGCGACCAUUGUUCCACACUGGAGAGUACAAUGAUUCUCUGCCUACGUUUCCCGGCGCCACUCCAGGUCAAACUCAAUUCUUCCCGACUAUCGAGGGUCAUCCAGAUCUCGACAUCAAGCGAGCCAUCGUAGGUAUUCCUCCCGUUCGACCUGGCGAUUAUGUCUUCUGGCACUGUGAUCUGGUCCAUGGAGUAGAUCCCACGAACCCUGGACUUGUCGAUUCAAGCGUGUCAUACAACGCGUGCAAUCCGCUGACACCCUAUAAUAUUGAGUCUCUGCUCACAACUCGGGAGUCCUUCCAGAAAGGAGAUGUUCCAGUUGACUUUACGCGAUCUCAUGGUACCUGGGAGAGGGAAUAUGACCAUGAUGAUUGCGGAGCCAAGGUUGAGAACAUUCUUACCAAGGCGGGUUUUCAGGCGAUGGGUCUUGAAAGACUCGAUACGGAAGAAGAGGGGCUGACACAGGGCCAGAAGGAGGUGCGUGAGAUGGCUAAUGCGAAGUUGGGACUAUGA